UUUGUGUGUAUGGAAAAUGUCUGGGAUCUUUUAUUUCAGAUUAUGAAACAUGGGACCAACACUUUACAUGUUGCAUUCAUAUUUUUGUUCAGUGUAAGAUGGCUUUGUCUGUUGCUACGUUUGGAUUUUUGGGAAUGAACGAGCACACGUUUGUCCGCCUUGCCAAUGUGAGUCACUGUUAAAUUUGGCAAAGUGGAUUUUGUCGAUCCCCCCCAAGUUUGACUCCUCAGACCUGCCGUAGUCCAGGAAGUAAUGUUUCACAAUGAACCGGCGUGCAGUACGGUGACUUUCACGGGUUGACUGACAUCCAGUGGGGGUUGUGUAAACGGAGCUAAACCCGUCCUGUCUACCAUCAAAAUGCGACUUCUAAAAGCAGGACUAACCUUAGGUCAGACACAUUUAAGGAAACCGGGAACACUAACAUUAAAAAAGGUGUUGAUGAACAGUUGUCGGUCGUGCUCCUCUGAUAUCGUCCCCAAUGAAAGAAUCCGCAACAUCGGAAUCUCGGCGCACAUCGACUCGGGGAAGACCACACUCACGGAGCGCGUCCUCUUCUACACGGGCAGGAUAGCAGAGAUCCAUGAGGUAAAGGGAAAGGAUGGAGUCGGGGCCACCAUGGACUCGAUGGAGCUGGAGAGGCAGAGAGGCAUCACCAUCCAGUCAGCUGCCACAUACACCGUCUAUAAGGAUUACAACAUCAACAUCAUCGACACCCCAGGCCAUGUGGACUUCACCAUCGAGGUGGAGCGAGCCCUGCGUGUUUUGGACGGGGCGAUCCUGGUCCUAUGUGCAGUUGGAGGGGUCCAGUGCCAGACCCUGACCGUGAACAGACAGAUGAAACGCUACAAUGUUCCCUUCCUCACCUUCAUCAACAAGCUGGACCGCAUGGGAGCCAACCCCAGCCGCGCCCUGCAGGCCAUGAGGACCAAGCUGAGCCACAACGCAGCCUUUGUGAACAUCCCCAUCGGUCUGGAGGGGAACAUGAAGGGCAUCAUAGAUCUCAUAGAGGAGCGCAGCAUGUACUUCGAGGGCCCAUUCGGACAGAAUAUUCGGUUCGAUGAGAUCCCGGCGGAGUUCCGUGUGGAGGCUGCAGACAGGAGACAGGAGCUGGUGGAGUGUGUGGCUAACGCUGACGAGACCCUGGGCGAGAUGUUCCUGGAGGAGAGGAUUCCCACUGUGCCAGAACUCAAGACAGCCAUACGCAGGGCCACAGUGCAGCGGCUCUUCAGCCCCGUGCUGGUGGGAACUGCCCUGAAGAACAAGGGGGUCCAGCCUCUAUUGAACGCAGUGCUGGAUUAUCUGCCCAACCCCACAGAGGUCAACAACUACGCCCUCUUCAACGAUGAGGAGUCCAGUGACAGUACUAAGAUCCUGAUGGAUCCCACCAGAGACGCCUCGCAGCCCUUCGUUGGCCUGGCCUUCAAACUGGAGGCGGGUCGGUUUGGUCAGCUGACGUACGUGCGUGUAUACCAGGGCUGUCUGAAGAAGACAGAGUAUAUCAUCAAUACACGCACUGGCAAGAAGGUCCGUGUGCAGAGGCUAGUGCGUCUCCAUGCUGACCAGAUGGAGGAUGUAGAGGAGGUGUAUGCAGGGGACAUCUGUGCCCUUUUUGGGAUCGAUUGUGCCAGCGGAGACACCUUCACCUCCCGGACCAGCGCCAACCUCUCCAUGGAGUCCAUCCACAUUCCAGAGGCUGUCAUCUCCAUGUCUAUGAAGCCGUCCAACAAGAAUGACAUGGAUAAGUUCUCUAAAGGCAUCAACCGCUUCACCAGAGAAGACCCCACGUUCAGGGUCCACUUUGACACAGAAAGCAAGGAGACUAUCAUCUCUGGUAUGGGAGAGCUGCACCUGGAGAUCUACUCACAGAGGAUGGAGAGGGAGUAUAACUGCCCCUGUGUGAUGGGAAAACCAAAGGUAUCCUUCAGGGAGAGCGUGACCAGUGCGGUACCGUUUGACUUCACCCAUAAGAAGCAGUCUGGUGGUUCUGGGCAGUACGGUAAAGUGAUAGGAGUUCUGGAACCUCUGGACCAAGAGAACUACACAAAAGUGGAGUUUGAAGACCAGACUGUCGGAACUAACAUCCCCAAACAGUUUGUGCCGGCUGUUGAGAAGGGAUUCAGAGAGGCCUGUGAGAAAGGCCCUCUGACUGGUCACAAGAUCUCAGGUAUCAAGUUCCUAUUGGAAGACGGAGCGCAUCACAUGGUGGACUCGAAUGAGAUCUCCUUCAUCCGUGCAGGGGAGGGUGCUCUUAAACAAGCCAUGGAGAAGGCCAACGUUGCCGUGCUGGAGCCAAUCAUGUCAGUAGAAAUUGUGGCGCCCGAUGAGUUCCAAGGGACUGUCAUCGCCGGGGUCAACCGUCGCCAUGGCGUCAUCAGUGGGCAGGAUGGGGCGGAGGGCUACUUUACUUUGUAUGCUGAUAUUCCACUGAAUGACAUGUUUGGUUACGCCACAGAGCUCCGGUCCUGUACAGAGGGGAAAGGAGAGUACACUAUGGAGUACAGCAGAUACCAGCCCUGUCUGCCUGGCACUCAGGAGGAGCUCAUCAACAAAUACCUGGAGUCAACAGGACAGCUGCCUGCCAAGAAGGGGAAGUGGAAGAACUGAGCGUGGACCACCCCCACACACACACACAAUCACUGAAUUGUAAACACAUUGCAGUACUGCAAUGGAAUGCUCGACAAACACAAACAGCGCUCAACCUGCUGUAAACAUACUGGGCCCUGCCUUACCAAGGUGGGUGUAUUAUAUCGUAUGUGCAUUCAAAAUGCUACAAAUGGUCAGACAGAUGACCAAGUGAUUUCCUUGAUUCACCCUCGUUUUCCGUCAUACUCUCGUCCUAAAGUAUCUAUUUUCAUUUGGCCUCGGCUCUCCAGCAAACAGCCUUGUCCCCACUGCCUAGCAGUUAUUAUGAAGACUUGAGGCGAGCUCGAAGUUUGGACUUCAACUUGGGCAUGUAUAUUAACUGGUUUUGUACUAUGUACAGCAUGUUGUUGUUAUAAUGAAGAUGAUUAAAUAAGAUUUAUCUAA